GCACCUGCUACGUGUCUUGUAUCCGACUCUUCAUUCAUGAGCAAUAAUCAUCAGCGCAGGGAGUGUUGGAGCCAGACUACGGUAUUGCGACAUCAUAUCCGGCAUAUUGGCGCGACCGACCGGCUUUUCGUCCUCAGAGUUCGCCUUUUUCUACACGGUUUUCACAGUUUUUUGUCGAACAGUUUUGAAGUAAAUUCUACCACCAACAUCACUGACCAUGCCGAAGAAGAGAGCGCCCCCUAGCAAGAGAAGAGGCAGUGCGCAGGCCGCGCAGACAGACAAAGAAGUGAAUGGCAAGGCAGUCAAUGGGAAGGCCGCUACGAAUGGCAAAGCUUCAAAUGGUGUGAAUGGCCUAAUCGAUGAAUUAGAUUCCUUGGAUAUGGCCUCGGAUGCCCGCGCCUGCACCGGUGUUCUCUCAUCUCAUCCAAGCAGCAGGGACUUGAAGAUCGAUAACUACUCACUCACGUUCCAUGGCGUGGAGUUGUUUCAGGAUACCAGGGUGGAGUUAACAUGUGGGAAGCGGUACGGACUGAUUGGCCCCAAUGGUUGCGGUAAAUCCUCGUUCUUAUCCUCCCUGGGGAAUCGGGAGGUUCCCAUCCCGGACCACCUUGACAUCUUUCAUUUGAAGAGGGAGAUAGCUGCUUCGGACAAGACGGCUUUACAGUGUGUGAUGGAGGUGGAUGAGUUGAGAGUAAAACUGGAGAGAGAGGCAGAAGAGCUAGCUCAUCUGGACGGACAAGAUGCUGAAGACACACUGAUGGAGAUCUAUGAGCGUCUUGACGAGAUGGACUCGGACAAUGCUGAAGUCAAGGCGGCUCGCAUCCUCCACGGUCUCGGCUUCACUCACGACAUGAUGCACACCAAGACCCGUGACUUCUCUGGUGGCUGGCGCAUGAGGAUUUCUCUUGCGAGGGCGCUCUUUGUCAAGCCGCAUAUGUUACUAUUGGACGAGCCCACCAAUCAUCUGGACCUGGAGGCUUGCGUGUGGUUAGAGGAGGAACUGAAAAACUAUACGAGAAUACUGGUCCUCAUAUCGCACUCUCAAGACUUCCUGAACGGUGUGUGUACCAACAUUAUCCAUAUGCACCUGGGUAAACUCAACUAUUACAGUGGGAAUUACGACAGCUACGUCAAAACCAGAAAGGAGUUGGAGGAGAAUCAGAUGAAGAAAUAUAACUGGGAGCAGGAUCAGAUACAACACAUGAAGGAUUACGUCGCUAGGUUCGGCCAUGGUAACGCCAAGCUAGCCAGUCAAGCUCAGAGCAAAGAGAAGACGCUACGAAAAAUGGUGGAAGCAGGGUUGACUGAGAAAGUGGUUACAGAUAAGACAAUAGAAUUCUACUUCCCUGAAGUGGACAAGAUUCCACCUCCUGUGAUUAUGGUCCAGGAUGUGUCCUUCCAAUAUGCUGAAGACAAGCCACACAUCUACAAGAAUGUAGAGUUUGGUCUGGAUCUCGACAGUAGGGUCGCGUUAGUGGGCCCCAACGGUGCCGGCAAGUCAACUCUACUCAAGCUCAUUGUCGGAGAACUGCACCCAACAGACGGACUUAUACGAAAGAAUUCUCAUCUACGAAUUGGUAGAUAUCAUCAGCAUUUACAAGACCUGCUUGAUCUAGACAUGAGUGCCUUAGAAUGGAUGAAUAAGAAUUUUCCAGAAAUCAAAGAGGAAGAAAAAAUGAGGAGAAUUAUCGGACGGUACGGCCUGACUGGCAAGCAACAGAUCUGUCCUAUACGUAACCUUUCGGAUGGUCAGCGAUGUCGGUGUAUAUUUGCCUGGUUGUCCUAUCAGAGUCCUCAUAUGUUACUCCUAGACGAACCUACCAAUCAUUUGGAUAUUGAGACCAUAGACGCUCUGGCUGACGCUAUCAACGAUUUUGAGGGCGGGCUUGUUCUUGUCAGUCACGACUUCAGAUUGAUCAACCAGGUUGCCAAGGAGAUCUGGGUGUGUGAGAAGAAAACGGUUACCAAGUGGACAGGUGAUAUUUUGUCUUACAAGGAAACUCUCAAGAAGCACAUACUGAAGGAAGAGAAGAAGGCCAAGAAAGAAAGUGGAAAGGGUGCAAGCAAAGCUAAGAAUGGGGCCAACAAAAAUGGCAAGAAGUAAAAUUGGAUGACUUCAAAGGUUGCGCACUCAUAAAAAGUGUUGUUUGUUAUGACAAAGUGCGAUUGAGCUGUCAAAGACAAAAGUUUAAAGACAUUUCAACAAAAUGUUCUGCGAAUAUUAUGUUUAACUGUCUUGACAUUUUUGCUUUUAUACAGAGAUGCAUAACUAGCGAUCCGUCUUAUAUUUGAUGAGAACUGCUGGUGUUUAUUGUUGCCCUGAAAAUUUGAAUAUGUGGUCGUUGUGUGCUUUUGAUGUUUAACAAAGUGUUUAAUUUAAUGUGGAAAAAAAGGAACAAAAAAAAGUUAAAUCUUGGUGUGUACAAAACCAUGGACAUUCUUAAAAGAAGAAAUUCCAGUCUCAUUUGAGUGAUUCAUUUGAGGGGAAAUGAGGGCGAACGUUUUAACAAAUUGUAGUUCAGUUAAUCAAAUCAGGUCAUACCAGACCUACAACAUAACCAUGUCACUCUUUGUUGACAUGUGCCCUGUUCUAUAAGGGCUUGGUAGCUCUCAUCCCUGGUUCCCAUGACCUUUGACAUCAUGUCUCAUCAGGGCUAUUUGCAAGCUGUAAAAGACAUAUCGUCACUGGUUUCAUGAAGGGACGGGCAUGUGGAUUUUGAAGAAAAACCAUUUUUGAGCAAAUCGCAAGAGAAAUUUCUUCGUUUUUAAAACAGCAAAAACUACUACUUUGCAACAACUUUAUGCAAUAAGGAAACCUUGACGUAAUUCUUGGAUAGGUAAACUUUAAUUUGAACCCAGUAAUUAUAAUUAAUACAGUGGUUAGUUAGCCAAAAUUAAUUAGUAAAGAUGCCUGUCCCUCUGUGAAAACGAAUACCUAACUGUUCAACAUUUACGCCCUUCUUGUUUAAUGUGCUUUUCCAUAGGGAAGGGCGUGCGUGUUCGAUUAUGCGUGCGCAGCUGAGAAUGUAACAAAGAUGCCUGUCCCUUCGUGAAAACGAAAAUCCCCGAUGACCUACUUUUACUGCCUUUCCAUGCACUACAUUUUGUACGUGUUCACGGGGGCAUGCAUGUUCGCGUCUCUUCGUGAAAUCGCAUAAUGCAAUUAUCGAGAUGCCUGCCCCAGAUGUCAUUAAUUUAUUCAGGAAUUAAUGAUGUUUUGCUUGCGGAAACAUGUCAGAAUGCUUAAGCACCGUGUUUUAAAGCAAAAUAGUGAAAAAAAAUCAAAAUCGAAAUAAUUGUCAAUUUUGACAUGCCCAUCCCUUCGUGAAACCGGUGACGAUAUAUGGACUGUUAGCUCUUAAUUUUGUUUCUUUUAGGGGGAUAUACCAUGGCAAUGCAGUACAUUUCACUUUGACUGCAGACACCAAGAUCAGUCUUACAUUCUAGAUCUUGCUGCAGACUGUAUGGCUCCCAUUUUACUUCGGACAUUUGUAGGGCUGUCUGUUUUCAAAUAAUUUGGUAUUCGAUUAUUAGAAACUGCACUUGACCGAAUAUUCGAAUAUUCAAAACUCACUGAUCAAGUUUUACCAGCAGCGGCCACCUUCAUGAAAGUGCGGUUCAAAUAUUUGGUUGACGAAUAAAUAUUCCUGAUAUUUGGGACUCUCAUGGAGAUGUGCAAAAUUACUUUAGGUGUUAGUCUCUGGCAUCAGUGGUUGCCAUUUUCAAUGGCUGUUUAAUUUAAUUUAAGAGUUUUAGUUUCUUUAAGACUUAAGAUUGUUUAGUAACUUAAAUCCUUAAUGAGUAUUUAUUGCUUUCUACAACAGUAUUACAUUUAUUCAGUUAUGACCAAUCUGUAAACAGUUUGGGAAUAUUUUAAUAAAAAACUUAUGUGUAUGGAAGUGAUAUUAUA